GAGAGAGAGAGAGAGAGAGAGAGAGAGAGAGAGACAGAGUGAAAGAGAGAACGAGAGAGCGAGUGAGCGAGGAGCGUGGAAGAGAGAGAGAGAAAGAGAGAGAAAGGAAGAGGGUGCAUGUGUAUAUGGAUACGUGGGAGAAUGUGAAAGAAGAAGGAUUAGGGGAGGGAAAAUGGAGCGCUUUCGUUCUCAGUGCGUUGAUAUGAUGCCGCGCGACGAUCGUUCGUCCUUUCGGGAAGGCUUGUGUUUUCUGUUUCCCUGCUCCGUGCCAGUGCCGGUUGUAACGUCGAUCACGAUUCCUAAGCGGGUCUCAGACCUCUUCGCCGUGGUCUCGCGACCCGAGCGGGUGCUGUCGAGGACGUGAAUGCGCGAUUGCCGCCAUGGAGCCCGCGACACGCAUGGUGUUUAUGUUUGCCGGGCGCGUGAAUAUGCGUGCCUCUCCUCGGACCGGUGGCGCCUUCUUUCAGCGUCUCAUAGACCCUCGCGCCGGCGGGGGCGGGUGUGGGGGUGGGAGAGAGGGGGUCGGAUGAAUGGAAGAUGGAGGGAGGACGAGGAGGAGGACGCCGCCACCUUCGAAUCAGCCGCCUACAGCCGCGGCCGCACAUCGCAGCCUCGAAAGAACGCGAAAUCUCUCGGAAUACCACACGUGAAGACCGCGCCUCGCGCGAUGCCCACGUGGUGGACCGACUCUUUCGGCGAGAUCACGCGUGGCCGUGUCACGUGAUCCUCGCUACGGCAAAACGGCGGCGCGACCGCGGCAAGGAGAGAGCGAGCGGGGACGUGUAGUGAUUUCGAGUCGGGCCCGGGGAUUCAACCAUUCGUUCGCGCGAUCAAUCGAUCGGUCGAUCGAUAGCCCGCUGGCUGCUGGUCGAUUUAACGUACCGUCCGGCAUAUUUGAGGUCUGCUGGAGAGGGUGCGCGACGAUUUCGCUCGGCUUCGUUUGUGUUUGACGAACUGAUUACACCAUGUCUCUGGCUAAGAUGGUAGCGAGGUAUCGAAUCGAUUCCAACUCGUUGGACUGUUUGUGUCCGGAUUUAACGUUCGUCCGACGGGAGGGCUUUGCUGUUUGUAGUAAUAUGUCAGAAUUUUCGCUCGCCUUCAGUUGUGCUCGAUAAACUGAUUAGAUUAUGCCGUUCGCCGGGUCACGCAGUGGUCGAUUUUCGUCCUGUGCGCGACACCGAUCCGACAACGCGAUCGGCUUGGCUUUUGUUCGCUGGUGAACACGGCAUUGGCCAUCGUUAGCGCGGCUCACCGACUCGAUUGCUAUUCGUUAGAUCGCACUCUGUCGAACGCGUUGUUCAUCGGACGGUGUCGGGGUUUGGUCGACGACUCGUAUUCAACCAUGAUGCAGCAAUCUGGGUGUUCUCCUCCGGAGAUCUUCUCACCAUGUGCGACUGUCGUCCGCUUUUGGUCGCUUCUCGCGACGAGAAAUCGCGAAUUUUCGAGUGAACACUUCAUUGCUUCCUUGGCGACGCCGAGAAACCGCAAUCUCUUGCGAACGCUUGCUCAUGCUCCCCUGAACAAUGUCCCCGGCUGGGGACAUUAAGGGACAUUAAGGAACGCAAAAAUAUAUUCGCGCUGAGGAGGAUUAUGUACUGCGAACCGAUUGAUCGAUUAGGCGCGCACUCCAAUUGAUCGAGCACUCCGAUUUCUUGGGACAAUAUUUUCCCGAGUCGACCUGAUAUACAAGCAAUUGGCUUAGCUGAUCAUAUCCGCAUGAAAACCGGAACUGUCGAAUUGUUUGCGCGGUCCACGUAACUCUCCCGAUACAUGAUUCAUUGCGGAGCGAGCAAAGUCCCUAAGUGAAACUCCCGGAGUGCACGCUGCCCGAAUCGAUAUCGAAUGUGCUCCGUAGUAUAAAUAUACUUAGAGAUGAUCCAAACGGAAAUUGACAAUACGAAUGGACCGACAAUACGGCACGACGAAUGCGACAUCGACAACUCCUUGCAGCAACGUGUUUAGAUUCCCGAAUAAACGUUGGAAUAUUACGUGGGUGUGUCGAUACUUUUCUGUAAGAAAGCAAGAGCGCGUACAAGCCAGGCACACGUACUUUCAGCUACAGGUCUGCAGGUCACGUGUGACAUUCUAGAUAAUAUCGACUGAAAUCGUAGAACUUCGAGGUGAAAUAAUUACAUAAUGACGUCGGGAAUCUUGAUAUUAUCUCGGUUUGUUUACGAAAAUCUCUUUUCCACUCUCUGACUCACUCUCUCUCUUUCUCUCUCUCUUACUCUAUUCGGAAAGCGUAAAUUCUCGGCGACAUUUGCAUUAAGAGCAAUAAAUUAUUCUCCGUCGAAAUGAUCUGUGGGAUGAUACCCGUUCCAGAGUUAACUCUCGAGAUGAUUAUGCGCUAGGAAACGGUAGCCCAUUUUGAUUCUUCCAAUUAGGAGGACCUCUAGAUGGAUAGGUGAAUAGAGGUAGAUAGAUAGCUAUACAUAGAGGACGAGCGUUGUGUGGCGGUGGGAAGAGGAAGGAGAGAGGGAGAGAGAGAGAAGCAGACAGAGAGCGAGAGAGAACGCGUGGGAGGAAGAUGGCUAUAUUGCGGCUCGGGAAAAUCGAUGUUCAAAUGCGCCACCACGUGAUUACGUCCACGUCCAAGCGGGAGCGUUAUCUCGCUGUGUAAUAAUGCGAGGUGCGAUUAUUUGCGACGACGACGACGACGACGACGACGACGACGACGACGACGACGACGACGACGACGACGACGACGAUGACGACGACGACGACGACGAUGAUGAAGAGCAGCGCAAGCAGUCCCCGCGGAGUGGGGACUUCCUCCGCGUGCGUGGCGGAAAGGCGAGAGGGGAGGGGGAAAUCAUGAAUGAAAAGGGUGGGAGGUCGUUUCCUUAUCGACGCACGCUGACGGAUACUUAAGCCGGCUAAUUAAUGACGCGUACGUGGUUCGAUUAUGGUCGUCGUUGCUGGUAUAGGCCGACGUGCAGGAAGUGCGAUUCUCUUCCUCGACGACCGGCGAUUACGCCGCGCCCGCCGCCUCCACCGCCUCCAUCGCCUCCGCCGCCGCCGCCGCCGCCGUCGGCCGGAUUAUUCGCGGACCGGUUCGUGGCCAAUCUAAAAAGCCAUCGAAGCGCAGUCGCGCUUUUUAUCGUCCGACGACCUUGAUGGAGCCAGGUCUUCAUUUGGAGCUCUUUAUGGCGACGUGGGAUUGUCGUAAAGCCUUUAAGCAAACGCACGUAACUCCCGUAUCCCUCCGCGUAGGCCGGUAAUUAGCAAUCACGUGGGAUCCCGUCCAUCGAUCCUUUGACGAAGUCGUAAAGCAGCCAGCUCUACGCGGAUUUUCCGCCUCGGCGUGGUGAUCGAUAAGCGGCGCGUGUUCGCGCUUGGGAACCUUCUCGGCACGAGGCAGUGCCCCACACGAAUGUAAUUAAUUAGGUCGUCGAAGCUUCGCUGGUUUUUUCCCCGUAAUAGCUAUUGGAUUUGAGAAUUUAUGGGCUCCUCGAUUUUAGAAGCUCGUUAGGCAUCGGAGUACGCGAGACUUCCGGGUUUCUCGCGCGUUGCUCGUCGCUCUGUGAAUUUUCCAUGCGCUAAAGUGGUCGUCACGAAGCAUCAGCGUCUUCGCGCUGAAGACUUCAGGUGGAAUAGCGUCCCUCGGGUCUGUUUAGCAUCUCGAUCAAUUCGUUUCUUCCGUCGAUCUCGUGGGAAUAUGAUAAAUCGUGAGUCGUUCCAGUGCGAAUUCAAGGUGGACGGAACCUCCCCCUCGGAAUGUGUGUGUGUGUGUGUGUGAGAGAGAAAGAGAGAAAGAGAGAGAGAGAAAGAAGCAGCGAAAGUUGAAUGAGCGAUCGAUCCAUCGAUCGAUCGGUGGUGGUGGGUCGAUCGGUGAGCGGCUGAAGUUCGCGAAGAAGAAGGGAAGGAUACGAGACGGAGGCACCGGUCCAAGGAGGAGGCAAGCGCGUAGUUCGCGUUGUGCGUUUCCGUGAUCGCGGGAGAUCCGAUCGGGGCGCGUCGAAACGUGUUCGCGUGGCAAGAAGAGACGGGUGUUGUUCGAUUGUUGGUUGAUGUGUGGUGACACCUGCCGUCGAGGGCGGGAGACUGCGCAGGGGGUUGCAAAAGUAGUAACCGGAAGUUACCCUCUGCCGACAGUCUCCCCGCGUCCGCUUCCUCUUCCGCCAACGACCCGCUGCCGGACGGCGUGCCUGAUGGAAUCGUCUUUCUUUUCUAGGAAAAUGUUCAUCGGCGGCCUGUCUUGGCAAACCAGUCCAGGUGAGUGAACAUUUUCGUAAAUCGCCGACGGAGCCACGAAGGCAACGUAAUCUAAUCUUGGUGAGUCUCUGCAUUUCCUCCGAUCUACGCCAAGUGUAACGUCCGUGAUUUAACGGGCGCGCGCGCGAGAACGGCGCGGAAACAAGAGAGCGCGUACAAGAAUCGCGGGGAUAAAGGAACAGUGAAAGGGUGGGUAGGCGGGGGUAGUAGACUUGAGGGCGCGCGUUUUAGAAGUAGUGGACGGAAUAUGGAAAUCCUGAUGCCGUUCCAAAACGCGCGCGCGGUCAUCGCGACGAGAGGGAGGAAAGAGCAUGCAAGGAUAAUCGAAGUGCGAUCUAAGUCGACGCGAGCGUGGAUGUCAAGGUAUUCGCCAUCAGCUGGCCGGGGUCCAGAGACUUCCGCAAACUCGCGCGAAACUCGCGUCUUCACGGCCGUUCCGUUCGUGAGGUCGCUCUUCUUUUGCGCGGGAACGAACAAGGCGAAAUUUUGAUUCCUAUAGUUAAUUCUAUAGAGCCCCGUCGAACUUGAGUGAUUAACAGGAAAUCUCGAAAUAUAACAUUGUACAGGCUAUUUUCCUAUCCUUUUGGUGCUCCCCGAAUUUCUAGCAGUGAAAUUUCACUCGAAAAGUGGAGUGAUCAACGAGUCACUUAAAUUCGAGUGAUUUUCACUCUUAAUCGUCGAGUAAUUAUUUUCACACGAAAUUUUGAAGAGUGAACUUGAUGUGCUCCAUCGCGCGUUGCAGGAACAUGUUCACUGCAAUCGACUGAAACGUUCGCUUAUAUGGAGUUAGAAUCCAAUCUAAGCUUGAGUGGAAUAUUUUACUCUUACAAUUUCGAGUGGUGAUAUUUUUACUAUUAUUUUGAGCGAAAAUACUGCCGUUUUCCACUCGUUUUAAGUGAAAUUCCACUUCAAGAAAUUUAGAGAAUGCUACGAAUGAUUACUUAACGCCCUUUUUAACCUUUAGAGGGCCGCUAUUUGAAGUACCAGAUUCCACGAAGAAAAUCGAUAAAAAAUGUACCUUAUAUCGUAUAUUGAUCAUAUACAAAUUACCGAUCACGGAAAUCACCACAUAAGUGGUGGUCCCGGCUUUGGGGGGUAAAGACAAUGUUAAAAUUUUGAAAAAAAUUUGAAAAAAAUAGGUUUCUAGAAGUUUUCGAGGUUGCUGAACAAGAUGGAAUUGUCAGUUUUUGUAAAUUAUGAUAAUUUAUAGUUAUAUCGUUAUAUAGUUAUAUAAGAAAAAAAUAGCAAAUGGGGGAAAGGAAGAGAGAUGGGGGAGGACAAUGGGUGCAAACUUGUAUCUGGAUGUGUGAAUACUUAUACACACAUAAGUAGAUAAGUGUAGAACAUGAAUGCAAUGUAUAUUUAACUGCUGUCUACUACCACUAUAGUGGUCCUUUUCCGGCCCUCUAAAGGUUAAUCAUGUUGAAUUGUCCUUAAAAGAAGAAUUUACUUCAGAGAGAAUAUUUUAAUAUUCUAUCCACAUUUAAUUUUUAUUCUUAAUUUUGAUAAACAAUGCGUUCAUUCUGCAAUUCACUGAAUCGUGUGUGAAAUGUAUGUGAUAAGCAAAUAUUAAUUAAUAUGAACAAAUAAUGGGAUUAUUUGGAAAAUGAAACAACAAAUUUUGUUCCUUUAUUCCUGAUUUCUUUAUUGUAUUCUUUCAUUGACGUUGAAUAUUUUUAUGUGUUCAAUAUGAAAUGUAUCUUAAUAUAAAAUAUACAUUUCUAUACAUCUAUAAAUAUAUGGUGUAUAACAACCCGCGUCCUGCGUCUUGGCUUUCCAAUACAGCAUCUUGCAAUAGACUGCACCGUCACGGCAUUCCGGUAGCGCUGACACUCGUGUAGAUCAGAUCGGAAAAAAAGAGAGAAAGGGAAACACGUGUUAAUUAACGCGACGUCGCUGAGUGAGUUUAAUGAUUAAAUAUUUCAAGAGCCGACGAAAUAUUUCGCGUGUGAAAUGUAACGUAACACUUGGUCACGGGAAAAUACACGACGCGUGCGAGUACCAAAACAGCGGGCAAGAAAUGUAAACAUUCACCCUCCCAUCAAUCGUCAACCGUCGUCGUACGGCGCUGAGCGCCGAGUGAUAACACAAUCAAAACAUCGCGGACCUUCGAGGCGGUCAAGUUACCUUUGUGCGUCACGCGCUUUUCCGAGUGUUCCCAUUCAAUUCCGGGCCGGCGAGCGGUACUCAUACAGCGCGCGAACUAAUGUGCGUCAGUGUGUUAUUUAUCGUUCCCCUCGGUGAUUAAUAUAUUCCGUUGGCUCUGAAAAUAUUUAAUCGGAGACUGUUCGUCGCGGCCUCACGUCACUUAACACGUGUUUCUUCGAUCGAGUCAUACUUACUCGCGAGUGUCAGUGUCAGUGCCACGACGUGGAGCAGUCAGGAUGCCAAGGCCGAGAAACUACGGCGGAGGACGCAGGGCGCCUGGUCGCGAUACAUCAUAUGUUUCAAGAGAGCCUUAGGGAGUAUUUCACCAAGUAUGGAGACAUCACAGAGGUCAUGGUCAUGAAAGAUCCUACCACGCGACGAUCAAGGGGCUUUGGAUUCAUCACAUUCGCAGACCCGGCGAGCGUCGACAAAGUGUUGGCGCAGGGCAAUCACGAGCUGGACGGCAAGAAAAUCGACCCAAAGGUAGCGUUUCCUAGGAGAACACAUCCAAAGAUGGUGACGAGAACAAAGAAGAUAUUCGUCGGGGGGUUAUCGGCGCCAACGACGCUGGAGGACGUCAAAAAUUACUUCGAACAAUUUGGCCCGAUCGAGGAUGCCAUGCUGAUGUUCGACAAGCAAACCAACAGGCAUAGAGGCUUUGGAUUUGUCACGUUUCAAAGCGAGGAUGUCGUCGACAAGGUCUGCGAGAUCCAUUUCCACGAAAUCAACAACAAAAUGGUCGAGUGCAAGAAGGCACAGCCGAAGGAAGUGAUGCUCCCAGCGAAUCUGGCGAAGACGCGAGCGGCCAGCAGAGGCGCAUACGAUUUUAUGUGGUCCCUGGGAGCAUUACCUGAUGGUUUCCCAGCGGCGGCGUACGCGGCAUACGCGGCGGGCCGCGGCUAUUCUGGGUACCCUAGUUUCGGAUUACCCUACCCGACAGGAGUGCCAGCGGUGUACUACCACGGAACAGGAAGUGAGAAUGCAGGCCGCGCGUAUACGGAGGCGCCGAUGCAACAUGUCCAACGCAAUGCACUCCGGAAGAAAUUGGAUCUAACCAAUGGACAGCUCACCCCAAACAACAACACGCCCUUACUUACGCAAGCACUUUCUGUGAUGAACAACUACCAGGCGGCCGCAGCACAGGCCGGAUUCCCGCCGGCGUCGCCGCACGCGGCCGGCGGCCACGGUGGGCCGCAGGGCCGGUCAUUCCCGGCGGCCAAUUCGCCGGGCCCGAUUGACAUGUACAGCUCGGGCGCCGCAGCCGCAGCAGCAGUCGCAGCCGCGGAUUCCGUCGCAAGCUACGUCCAGGCCGCAGCUAGCCCGCAGCCCCCCACGACCGCGUUCCCCGCGAUCGCCGUAUCCCGCGCCCCGCUCAACUACAGUCCCGGGCCUCUCAUACCGGCGGCGUUCACUAAUGGCUACCAUUGAGCCUUGUUAAGACCUAAUAACAGGAUGGACGAGACGGCAGAACGCAGCACGGUCGCCUGAUGACAUUAUAAGCAACGGGAGUUUUGAGGCAGCUGAAUACAGUGGAUAAUCUCUGGACGAAAAAGAAAACACAUAUAUACACGACUACUGCAAAUGACGAUCGAAAGUUGCGAUGCAUUAAAAAAAUAAAAAAGAAAAAAAAAUAGAUAAUAUCGAGUAGAAGGCAACAAUCGAGUAAGAUCCAAUCGAUGCAACUUCAAAGUCCAGGUUGUAGACAACUGGACGUAAUAUUACGCGAAUAUCGACAACGCAUUAAGGCGAAGAAUUUAGACCGUUAGUCGGAUCUACGGAGGUUGGAUGCAGCUUAUGAGUAAAUAGAGAUGAAAAGCACGAGAACACUGCUAGAGAAGUGGGAAAAGCGCAACGAGGAGAAGACUACGCACGUCCAACGCACGUCCAGAGAAGAUCAGAGAGAAAUAACGAGAGGAGAGCGACAGGAAGACCGACCGACCGACCGUCAGACGGAAAAAGAAAGAGAAGGCAACGCGCGCUGCAAUAGGUUUAGCUGUGGCCGAAACUGCGUAUUGACGCCAGCCCGUUCUCCGAUAUUAAAAAAAAAAGAGAGAAGGAAUAAUAAUAUAAUAAUAAUAAAUUAAAUUAAUAUUAUUAAUUGCUAAAUAUUUAAGCGGUUAAGUCUAGAAUAUAUAAAUAGUAUAUAUAUAUAUAAAGAUAUAUAUAUAAAUAUAUAUAUAUAUAUACAUAUAUAUAUAAAUAUAUAAAUAAUUGAUAAUUAUAUUAGACGAGAUAAAAACGUAUGACCUCUAGUAUUUAAGGCAGAUAAAAGAGAGAGAGGCGGAAGAAAGAUACCAACUCACGAAUAUUAUUAUAUAUAUAUAUAUAUAUUAUAUAUAUAUAUAUAUAUAUAUAUAUAUAUAUAACUAUUAAUUAUUAUAUAAUUACUAUGGCGAUUGCCCGCGUAAAUAUAUAUUAUUACAUAACGAUAGGCACGCGCACGCGUUCACACCUGGGAAAGACUUUUGUUUCCGGGCUUUCAAGUUUUAAUCGCAUGCGCGGGUAAGGUUGAGGAAUUUAAUGUCGGCCAAGGAGAACGACGACGCGGAGAAGAGAGAAGAGGAGAGGGGAGACAAGGGCCGAUGAAAAGAAAAAAAAAAUGGAAACAAAAAGAGGAGAAGUAAGAUGGAUAAAUCGAGAGGUGUUUUUGCCGCCCUUUCUCUGCGUCUCCGCGUGGAGACACGAGCUCCUUCUUCUCUCCCAACGUGCCUUUUCGCUGGCUAAAUAGCGGAACGGUGCUUCUCUCCUGUCCUGUCGCAGUCCUGCUUUCCCGGGUGUGCAACAAGAUAAAAAAAAAAAAAGAAAGAAAUGAAGAAGAACAAGAGGGAUAUAGUGGCGGGCGAGCGAGGAAGUUACAUACAUAGGCGUGUUACAUAUUUGACGUCACGCUGUUAGCAUUACUUGCGAGAAGAGGGAAACGUGCAAGAAGACUGCGUCGAAUUUCGCGACGACGAGGCGAGCCCGAGAACACGGCAAGAAGGGCAACAGCGGAAGACCCUCCAGGAGGAAGAAACAGUGCUAGAUGAUGUCGUUAGAAUCACAGAGUGGCGGAAGCUCCCUAGCUGCAUUUCGCCGACGAAUCCGCCGUUCAUAUCCCAAUGAGCAAAACGCGACCGCACGAUGCGCGUGUGCGCCGCAAUUACAAUGAGUUCAUAAUUGCAAACUCGACGAAGAAAUGUCAUCAUGUUUCAUGGCAAUAAGAUACUUUGCGCUAACUCGAAAGGAAUCUCGAAGAGUACUAUUUGUUAUCAGUCUCAUUCACUCAGCUUGCGUGAUGGCCUCCUCGCUUUUCGAAACAGUGGGAUAUGAACGGUGUCGAUUCGCGUCGCUCCGUAAUUCUAAUUGACACCGAACGCUCGCUUCGAUGUUCCGCUCGGAGUUUCCGCUUCCGGAGGCGCCGGACGACGACUGUUAUGAAUCUAAUCGGCCACUGUAUAGCUUUAAAACCGACUACGUGCAGUAACCCCUGUUACAAUAUACACACAUAUUACGCGUACGCGCGAAUUACCGUGUAAUUGAUUUAAAGUAACGCCGUAUAUGCAUGACUCUAUAGAGAUGAGCUAGUGUAACAAAAGAGAAAGGAGAGUUUCUUUCAAAGCGGCAAACAACCGCAGCACAUAACACACAUUCAUACAGACAAGCGUGCAUACAUUCACGCAAACACGCCGCACACGAUACAACACGCACACACAUACACACACAUACGAAAGAUACAACACACGCUCCACAUCCCCGGCGUCUAAUCGUCUAAGGCUGAGUUACACCGACAGUCCGGAUUAACUAACGCUGGUUAGCAAUUCAUUAUCCUCCGCUAAAUUAUAGUCUUACUCGUAAUAUACAGACGGACAAAGGAAAUUUAUGGUUAACCAGCGUCGGCGUUAAACGACGUAGGUGCGAACCUAAAUAAGAUUCAUACAGGGGGAGAUCAAAUUAUCGGAAGAGGAGAUCGAGUUGAAGGGAGGAGCUAGCAAAUGUAUACAUAGAGAUAUCGCGUAAUCUUCGUCCGCGGUGUACAGAGCGUCAAUCGACGAUGCGCUUCAAACGCUAACUUAAUGGGAGAGGACGAGGAGAUAUUAUGGAAAAAAAAAGAAACAAAAUACCCCUAAAAUUAUAUACGAGAGAAAGAGGGAGAGAGAGAGAGGGAGAGAAAGAGAGAGAGAUAGUGAGGGAGAGAAAGAGAGAGAAAGAAUGAAAGAGAGAGAGAGGGGAGAGAAAAAGGCAGAGAGCAAGAGAGAGAGAGAGAGAGAGAGAGAGAGAGAGAGAGAGAAAGGGGUGAAUAAAAGUGCGCGUGAGAGUGCGUAAGCGUUACUUUUUAGAGAUAAAAAAACGCGCGAUCGCCAGUAGCGUCGCGAUUAGAUCUAGGAAUUAAACGGGCUAGCGAGGAAAGACAUAAACGUGAGAGCGAACAUUAUAUUAUAACCAUCUAUAUAUCGCAAAGGAACGGCUGGACAUCGGAUGCUGCGUUCAUUCGCGCUUCCAGUUCAAUUCAAUUCUGGAUGUUGAAAGAGGCCAAAAUUCCGCUCGACGAGAACGCGAGGCGAGCCCCUUCUGACAUCCGUGAGCCUCAAUUGAACCAUGUUAUUAUAUGAACGGAUACACAAACAAGCGAUGCAACGUCGCGAUUCCGGAAAUCAUUUCUCCGAGUUUCCCUUGAAAGGAGUAUCCGUGCUACUACUUUUUUCCUUUCGGAUGAUCGCUUAGCUCGUACGACUCUAGAUUGCAUAACACGGUCCAAUUGACGAGUGAAUGAGCGAAGAUCCCGACAGAUCACUCGCGACGAUUCGGGAGUGUUAGAUUUAAACUUUGUCGUGACCUUAUGGACAUUGCGCGCGGAAAGACGAGAGGAAUUUCGAUUGGACGCGAGGUCAGGCUCGAUUCUUCAAGGCGUGAACUUCCGGACGGUUGGACGAGUGAUCGGACACACCUGGUGUUAUCCGUUUUUUUUUUUUUCACGGCCGGGCGAGUCGCAGGAGAGAUUUGACGGAUGGAUAUAUCGCUACGGAUGCACCACGAGCUAAUUACCAACAUUCGUAGGCUAAGUUGCAUCGACAGUCUCGCUCAACUAACUCUGAGUUAUCGAUUUGAUAUCCCUUUCUAGAGAUCAGAGAGAGUCUUAGCUAAUAUAAUAAUAAUAGAUAAAGGAAACGAAUUUCGUGUUAAUCUUGAUUAGUACUAACCAACAUUGAUACAAAAUCACAGUUCUUAGGUCUCCUUAUGCGUGCCUUCUUCGUCGCGCGUAACGCGUUCAGUCGCCGUUGCGUUCUCUCCGAAUGGAAGAUUGCAGAGAUUAAUAGAGAUGCGUUCUCUCUUUCACGUGCGUCGUGACGCGUUCGCACACGUAGCCGAAAAAGCUUCCGAUCUUCAAUCCCGGCGCUAAGAUCGCACGCAUAAGGAAGACUCCGAGCGGCCGUUGCUGCGGUAAUGUGACAAUGCAUUUAAAGAUAAAAAAAAGAAAAAUAUAUAACAGCGCAUGUGCGUGGGUGCGAGAAGCCCCGGCGUAUAUUGACGGAGAGUUUUAACGCGAGAGGUUCCUCCCUUCUUUCUGGCGACAAGGGCCACGUCGCCCUUAAUUAAAUUAUGCGCGUAAUUUAUACGACUGGGACGUUCGCGUUUCGUUUAUAUAUCGCUGAACAAACGGUUCCUUAUAUUGCAUAUUAUCAUUACUAUGAUUGAAUUCACCGGAGAGCGUGUCAUCGGUCGAUUAAUUAUAAUUAUACGAACGAUGAAUAUACGCGCGGCUAUUGCGCGCGUGCUGUUAUUAUUAUUGCAUUAAACAACAGGGUAAACAAAAAAAAGAAGAAAGAAUGAAGGAAAGAGAAAUAUCUUUAAAUUGGAUACGUGCGUCACGUCGAACGGCAACACCAUUUUGUUUUUUCGGGUGUAUACGUGUACGCAACUAUACUGAGAGGAAUAUAUAUAUACGCGCGCGCAAACGAGUCAAUUCUUAACAAACGUUAGCAAUACUUCUUCAUGACCACAAAGAGACGUACGGCGGCAAAAUGGCUAAGGCGUGUCAACACGUCAAUACCAGUAUUCUUAAGUUCCUAAAUUAUGCGCGUAAACUCGGUUCGUUUUAAGAAAGUAGAGAAAAGACAAAGUCGGCAAAGUAGUGUCUAUCGUGACCGGGGAAGGGGAGAACGAAAUGGGCGAACUGCGAUCACGUGUGUAUCACCGCAUUUGUCGAUACCUCCCGUUACCUUGUGAGCAAAACAAAAUGGUGGCUGUCUCAUUAUAUGGCUCAGAGAUUAAUUUAAGUGUGGAGAGGGAGCGUGAUAUCUUCGAGCAAAAACGUUCAGAGUAGACGUAUUGUGCAUAAGACACGGAGAAGCGAUCCACCGCAUAUCCGGGUAGUCGCUCUCCUUUAAUCAAAAAGUUAAGCGAGACAAGAAUUUCAGUCGAGACGAUUGUUCAAUAAUAGUCAUUGAUAAGCGAGAGUUGUAUGAACCAUCUCAGACGCGUCGAAGGUAAUAAGUAAGCUAAGUGCGUGCUUCUUCAAGAUGCAUUUUCUCCCUUCGUUCGCGAACGUGACAAAUUCAAAUCCCGAUUGCCGAUUGAGUAGAGAUCGUAAAGUAGAGAUAAUUUGUGACUACAAUAUCAUUUUGCAGCUGACUAGUCGAGCAAGACGACGCGAGUGUAAGAAUUAAUAAUCGAAAUUGAAUGCGCGACGCUCGUCACAUUUAACAGAUGAAGAAGUGAUAUGUUUGUAGCAUCCCCCUGAGUAAUUAAUUAAAUUAACGGCUAUUACAUUAAUUAAGUUUAGCGUUAUAUAUGAGUAAAUUACAUUACGCCAAAAGUGCUCUACGUUAAAUCUGUUAACAGUCGUUAAAUAUACUUCCUCUAUGUUAUAUAAUACAUGUUCCAAUACAUGUUAUAAUACAUGUUCCAAUACAUGUUCCAUGUUCUUUAACCGUAAUUAAUAUUUAUUAAUCGCCAUGAAUUUCCCGAUUCGUCUCCUCACUUAACUGAAAUUUAUUUAUUUAUUUAUAUAUAUAUAUAUACAUAUAUAUAUAUAUAUAUAUAUAUAUAUAUAUAUAUAUGUAUAUAUAUAUAUACUCUUGAGUGUGUAGACUCUCUCUCUUUCAUGUGUGUAUCUCUGUUUCCUUGGAAGAAUCUUUCGCAAAUUCGUACUGCAGUCGCAAAGUAUCCCCACUUUCAAACUGUAAAAAAGUGUGUACGUUCGCGCAAUUCCCUAUCUUACGUUUCCCUCAGCGAGUUGUUGUGUUUCGCUGCGCAGCAGAAGUAUUGCUGAAUGAAAAUCGAAUCUGGAGCUUUUGUGUUGCGCGCUAGAUGUUCAUCGCGCGCGCGCGCGCGCUUUAGCACGUAUCUUAAUUCGAUUCGUGAUAAUUCAACCAACGGAGAUGGAUUCACAGGAAUACGACACAACGGUGUCGGCCGCAGCGACAUACUUUAUGUGUGCAAAUAACAAAUAAGGCAACACAAAGCUAACACGGGUGGGCUUUUCGUAAGAGAGGCAUAUAGAUGACUACUACACGGUACAUACACAAACACUUACAUGUAAAACAAGGACAUAACACCAGCUCAACAGAACGUAGUAGAGCGUAAACGCGAGAUUCGUCGCACGUAGGCUUAAGAGAAGACGCGCGAGAUCGCAGUGAGGAGAUAAAAAAGUGUAAAAAAAAAAGAGUACAGAAAAGGACAGGAACGAGAGUAAAACAAAAGGAAGAUGGUCGUAGUGAAGCGUACAAGUCGUAACUUUUCGCAAUUGGGAAGGGAAAGCCGAGAGAAUUCCGGGCCGUUUGCGUAACAUCCGCUCGACGGACAACAGCCCGAGAGCGGGUUCACGACGAAAAAGUACUCCACUCUCAAUCCGACGGCAGAAUUACGAAGUUUCGUUCGCGACCGCCCGAAAUCUUCACGCAAAAGGUUACAAAUUUCGUCGGGUUGGCUCCUUUUUCCGUUCCUUUUUCUUUUCCGCUUGCUAAAUUUUACAGUGCUCUCGGCGUGAACACCGAUGCAGUUUGAGAACCGUGGCGUAAACCGAAAGUAAAGUAUUAAUCGAGAUCGAGAGGGACGAAUCAUCGCGCGAUCCGACGAUCUAGUUCAAAGGGCCAACGACCGAAAUUAUUUUUAAAUACUGGCUGGCUAUCAAAUAUUAAAAAAAAAAUUUUAUUGGACAAUUAUUUAUCAUCAUUCACGCUGUGUAUCCUUUUUAAGAAAUAUAAAAAAACCUUUUUAUUUUAUAUUUUAGGAAACAAAUAUAUUUAUAUUUUAGGAAACAAAUAUAGUCGUGACUUGCAUAAUUCACUUGUAAUUCACGUUUGUAAAUUGAAAGACUAAGCAAAAAGAUCGAUACAUAUAGAAAGAUUGACCACUUCGUCUAUAUCCUUAUAUAUACGAUGAGUUGUACUAUAAUUUAUAUUAUGUUGUACUGUAAUUUAUAUUAUGAUCAGCUCAUACACUGUAUUAAAAAUUUGUUGAGUUGUUGGCUUCGCGGGAACUAGAUUAUCGAAUUAUUUACUACUGCCAAUCUCACAAUCGCAAGAGAAAUAUUCUCAAAAAAAAAAUUGUUUCGGAAGAGAAACAAAUGCAUAUACUCCGAUUCAAUAGUUUAUCUUACAGCUGUUUGACGAAAGCAGAACACUCUAUAAGGAGGUAAUUAAAUUGCAUAACUUUAUAUUUUAGGUGUAUAUUAAUCUUCUUCCACACAAUGUGUAUACCGUUACUUGUGAAAAGGCAAUCACUUGUUAUGAUGCAAAUAGUAAAUCUGUCCUCGAAUCGAUUAUACUCAUGUGUAAUACUACAUUUGAAAUCAUUGUAGAAAUUAUCCAUCUUUCUUUGUUGCGUUCUACUUUCCUCGAACAGUAAUAUAUUUUAAUUUCGUACCUCUUCAUCUCGUCGUAUAUCGGUUUACGUAUGCUUCAAAAUGCAAUUCGCGCAACAAUUUUAUGACUUUAAUAUAAAAUGCAAAUACUCACCGAUAUAACGUCGCGAUGACAGCUCUGGGAUGUUCGGAGUUCUUCCGGCAGCCUCUCCUGAAAACAGGCAGAAAAAAAAUUAUAUAUAUAUGUUUAAAUAUAUAUAUAUAUAUAUAAAUAUAUAUAAAUGUAUACAUAUUCGAAAAAAAGAAUCUACGAUCAAUUAUUAAUUACAAAGAGGCGCGAUCAAUAUACAAAUAAGUUGACGCGAGAAAAAAAGAGUGAAAGACAGCGAGAGAAAGAGAGAGAGAGAAAGAGAGGGAGAGAGAGAGAAUGAGAGCGCAAGAGAGAAAGAAUGAGAAAGGGUAUGCAAGAGAUAAAAGUGUAAAAGAGGAGAGAAAGGGAGAGAGAGAAAGAGAGAUGAGUUUGUAGGAAAACAAGAGCAAGCAAAAUAUAUGUGACUAUAGUCCAGGCGCGUUUAUAUUUAUAAAUAUGAAAUAUAUUAUAUAAUAUUGAAAUAUUACAUAUAUAUAUCUCUAGUAUAUAAAAAUAUAAAUAUAUAAAUAUAAAUAUAUAUAUAAAUAUACAUAUAUAUAUAUAAAUAUACUUAUUGAAUGAUUAUAUAAGAAAGGCAAAAUAUAUAUUAUAAUUAUAUAUAUAUAUAAACGAGAUAUAUAUAUAUAUAUAGGCGAAAAAGAAAAUAUGAGGAUUAUGGAGAUGAACAGAUAUAUUGAGACAUUGUUUUAUGCAUUUGUAUAUAUAGUUAUUGAUGUUUUAAAGCUAAUAUACUAUUGUACUGAAACUUUUGGAUCACCACCGAUUGCGAUAUAAUUAAUGGGGGGGGGGGAAGGGGCGAGAGGAGCAGAACGGGGUGGGUAAGAAAGGAAGAAAAGGAGGAGAAGAGUUGUUUGCGCGAGGCGCGGCUAGAGUAGGCUAAACUCUCUACGAGCCUAUUCGCGAUUCUCAAGAGCUUUUUUUACAAGACCUAUUUAGAUGAAAAACGAAUUAAUUAUGGACAUAUGAGGUGGACAUAUGAGGUAGACGAGAUGAAAUAAUACGACAUCGAUCGCUCGUCGUGUUCAGAGCCGCCCCUCGUGCGACUGCACAUGAUAUAUACAUACAUACAUAUAAAUAAUAAGAUAAUAAUUAUGACGGCCGAUUUGUACAUCGGUUGUCGUAAUAUACAUAUAUACGACAAGGAAAACGUAUAGAGAAAGAAACAGAGAGGAGGAAAGGGGAAAAGAGAGGGGAUGACAAAAGCAUGCGGACAGACAUUAAUUAAUUAUUUAAGCAACUUACUACUUCGCGCAUGAGCGACAAACCAAUAAGGCGGGAAGUUUUCAUGACCGGAGAUUGAACAAGAGACGCUAUAACAUCACACGACACACAUUCAUUUGCAGCAUACACGACAGUCAUACUCAUACACAUACGCACACGACACACAGAUACAUACACACGAUCGCAAUGGUCCCGUUCGCGUCGUGACGUCAAUUCUCAUUGCGAAUCGGUCAGUGUUUUCGUCCGGCUUCAAACGAAAAGAGGAAAAAGAAUGUCUGACACCUUACGUGAACAUAAUGUAUCAGUGAUGAUAUCGGAACACCGUCAAGAGAUUUAAGUGAAAUAUUAUAAAACACACAUACAAACACGUAUACAUAAUAUAAAAGAGUAUUCAAUAUAGAUGAAAUCAAAGCACUUAUAUGAACUUAACGGAAUGCGAUCAAUUAUCGACUCUCUUUCAUAGUGUUCGGAUAUCGGCAAACAGUGGUCAGGGAAGGAUCAACGCUGAUUCUUGGCUCUGCGAUGGUCGAUCAGAUCGAGAUAUUUCUUUCUCCCCCUCGUUUCUCGCAGUGAGAAUCGCGUUACUCGAGACGUUGUUAAGCGAAAAGAAAAAAAAAACAAAGAAAGGCAGAAAAAGAGAGAGAGAGAAGAAACGAGUGAAUGUCGUUCAAGCACAGUUACUUCGUAUGGAAAAAAGCAAUAUCGAGUAAUAAUUUAAUAUCGAGUAAUAAUUUAAACGGUGAGGCGCAGUAGCGGAUCGCACGCGCGAAUCCUUCGUGAUUAAUUGUUGUUAUCGCCUAUUUCGCGCGGAUGAAGUAAAAUAGACGAGUAUUACGGCGCACCGCACGUGGCCGCGUAUAUAAUCCAUUACGAAGUUUACGCGAAACUUUUCCGCGUUUCUGCCUAAUUGCGCGGCGAUAAUUGCUCGCGCGCGAAACCCACAGUUAAAACUACGUAAAUACACUCGUUCAAGCUCAAACCCCUCGGUAAGAAUACACACGGCUUUUUUCCGCGGGCAGAACACGUUCUAAUUAAUAUUUAAAAGUUACAUACACUAUAUACAAUCGCGCGAGUUCACGACGUCGACACUUUCAAAGACACCGAUAGACAGGGCUCUCGUUGAAGAUUCUUACGACAUACAUGUUUUCCUCUAACUGCGAUCAAGAUAUAUAAAUUUACACCACAUACACACACACACACACACAAACAAGCAACACAAACACAUUUGCUACAGUAGAUGAACGCAUACACGUUCACCAACACAUUCACCCAAAAAGGCACACAUACACACACAUACAUAAACAUAUGCGUUCGCGUGUUCACACAACGGCCAGUACAGGGACACACCCACACAAACGCAGCACGCACACAGUGGGAAGUCAGAUCGCACUUCUUCUCACGGAUUUGUCGAUAUCGAUCCUACGAUCACUUUUUAUGCACCCUCUAUUCCUCGACUAAAAUACGUUUCCUAGUGCGGCUAGUUUAGCGUGUUUUCGCUGCGCGACACGAAAUUGCGCGUUUGAUUUUGGUUUCCUCGAACGCAAACGAGCCGCCGAACGAGGCAGUCUGCAAAGAGGACGCGAUCGGGUUGUCCCCGUAGCUCUUCCCGCGAUGUGAAUGGCUCGAGAAUAUCGAAAAAGCUCGCCGGAGCCCGUAGAUAGAUAAGCAAUAUUUCGCAUAAACUAAAAGUAUUUCCCGAGACUGCGUGCUUCACUUUCGGAGGUACAUUCGGCCCAUUCGAGUCAUCCGGCGUGUACAUUUAAGGAUACUCCACACUCUCACAGCACAAGUCGUCAAAAUUUCAGUCCCAAACGCUCGCGACGGAAAGAUCGUUCCCGAGAUGUCGGACGCGACUAGACGAAUGAAUCGAGUCGCUUUCAAUUCUACGUUCGUCGUAAAGUUCUCGCGGUUGUACACCGCGGUUAUACCUUGCGAAUCGCUCCCGGGGAAUAAAACUCUCAGAUUCGUGUCCGUGCUCCGAGUUACUCCUAAUUAUGUAUUCGCCGGAAAGUUUUACCGCCGAGAAGCCCGAAAGAGCGACAAACCGGAACGAAGGGUCCCGUAGUGGAUGAUAAGUUCUAUCGCCGAGCUUCGUUCGGCGGGAAAGCAAAAGUCAAACUCUUAAGUAGAGAUAAACCGCCGUAAGCGCGAGCUCGCACUCGCUCUCCGGGACACGUACGAACUCGUCAAGGAUUCGUAAGUGACACCCUGCCGAAUCCUCAGAAUUGGCGGCUAGAAUAUCCCGAGAGCGCUCCGGACGAGAAAGGGAAGCACGAGUCGAUCGGUUGAGUGUCAAGGGAGAGAGAGAGAGAGAGAGAGAAGGAGAGAGAGAGAGAGAGAGAGAGAGAGAGAGAAAGAGAGAGCGUCUCGAGUCGGUAAAUCAAUCGAUUGGCGUGUAUCUAGUCUUAAGCUUGAAUCACGGAGUCGAGUAAGACAAGAGUCCGACCGGAGUACUUCGAUGAUUUUCCUCGCGGAAAAGCGGACUCAGUUUUCUUUUCUUCCUUUUUUUGUUUUGUUUUCGUUUCUGCGUUGAGUCGCGUUACGAUUAAGUGUUACGUUUUAUACCCAUUGUCACGCGACGUUGACGGCAUCUUCAAUUGCGUUUAUCUCACUCAUGAACUCUGUCGUAUCGCAACGCUCCUUUUUCGUUAACAAUUCAAUGGCGCUUGUUUAACCAACUCAUUCACUGCCGACCAUAGCGCACUGUUGUCUUCGCUCCCGCGGCCACUGCCGCGUAGCCGGAACGACCGCGGCGAGCUGUUCGUACAAAUAAGAAUCGGCAGUGAAUGCGUUCAGCUUCCUUGUCAGGUUUUCGAGGCAUGUGCCGAGGGUGAGUCGCCGUCGUCAUUGUCGUCGGGUAUUAAGUUACUUGCGUUGAUAGAGGCUCGCUAAGCGGCGAUACGUUCGAUACAUUAGCGAAAACGACGAGCGACGACGACGAUCCAUCCGCGGAUGCGCGUGCGAAUAUAUAAUAUAAAUAUAACCCCAAAUACAUAUAUAUAUAUAAAUAUACAAAAUAUGUAUAUACGCUGUACGAGAUGUUUCGGAAUUAUAAAUGAACAAUUAAUUAGCCAAUAGAAUUUUCCCGGAAAAACUGUAACAAAAGGAUUUCGAUGAACGUAGGUUUGCGAGAGAUGAUUGCUUUCAGAAUAUUCAGCUUUCUAUCUUGUAAGCCACGUUUCAAUUAUGCCUUCGCUUCGAUCUACAUUAAUAACGUUAGUCUUAUUCUCACGAAUGAAGAGGACAAAGAAGGAAAUCUAGACGAAUCUGUCGUGAGAGAGAGGAGAUGUGUUAUGCGCGGAGUAUCUCCACAUUGUCGCACUUACAUCUAUCUCGACGUUUGGCUGCAGUCGUUCUUCGAAUUGACGAUCGAAUAACGAGAAGAUCGAUGUUCGUUUCACGUUUUUACGUCGAUUCGUUCGCGAAUAACGAGCCUUCGAAAUCUCUGUCCGCUGGUAAACAUCACUAUGGGUGUGAACGAUGUGAGGUCAUCGACCUUACAUCUCCACUCUGUCCGCCGGAGGCCACGUAGUGGGAAGCGGCACUUGUUACAGGGAGGGGGAGACGAGUCUGUAUUCCCAGCUGUAUUUAUUACGUGCUGGAAUGCGGACUCGCUACUCACCACGCGUGCGCGUCGAGCUAAAGAUAAAGAACGCGGGUCGAUACAGUCGUCGAUAAUUCCACUCGCAGGGGUUGUGGCGACUUAAAAAAAUAUAGACCGUUGGAAAACCUCGCACUUCUGACAGACGUGUAGACGUUCUUCUUCGAGAUGAAGAUCAAUUAGCGAAAUUAGAUUAUCAUGAGAGAAAAUGUCGGUCUUUCUUAGACUGAAGCGAAAAUGAAUCUACGAUAGCAAUCUUAGAUCGAUAAUACUGUAAAAUCUCGUUUUUUGUAUUUUAAAUUAAUCUGACAUGCAUUAAAAAAAAGAAAUAAUAAUUAGAAGAUUCUUUCUUGAUUUUGCUAUCCGUGAAAAUUAAUCUAAUUUGUUUCAUGAAAUUGUACAAAAGGAAAGACAAUAUUAAAAAGUUGCAAAUAUGUAUAUAUUGAACUCUUCGCAACUGCGACCAUCGUCAUCGGCUGAGAUGAUUUAACGAACGUGUGCACUCUGAGAUUGCUGAUACUUCAAAAUAUCUGAAGUAUCAGUCAUUCUACAGUGCAUGUAAUUGUGUAGAGAUCUUAGCUUACAAAAUGAAAGAAGCUGAAUAUCCUGAAAACGAUCGACUCGCGGAUCUAUGUUUAUUACGACUCACUCGUUUGUUUAUUUGAUCUCUAUUAGCACUUAAAUUUUUACCUAUGAUACCGAAACAUCCUGUAUAUACACUCACACGAGGCAUCAUGGUAUUCUAAAUAUAUGACGAUGUAAUUACACUUUGCGUACGUUCAUACAUGUGCCGUUACACGUAAUCGACAACACUGUUAAUAUAUUCUUCCUACAUGCAAAAGUGCGAACUUCAGUAAGGUUUCUGCUAACUGUCAAACUAAUCAUCAUCAUCACAAUUGAAUUUCGUCAAAAAAUUGCCAUAAUUGUUCUGGCGUUACAUGAUUCUUAGCAAUUUUUAUCGAUAUCAGCACGGCGGUGGUAAUUGCGUAUGGACGCUUCGGUGAGGAACGAGUCCCGCAAAGAUGUUUCUUCCGUUCAGUUGGUGCUUGUAGCACUACAUAGUCAUCGAAUCUCGAACUGUUGAUUCUUCGUGGGACUCGUCGCUCGUCAAACGCGAUUCGCGAGUGUCAUCCCGUCGCAUUCUCGAUUAGCUCUUCGACGUUCAGUCAGGGCAUUCGUCCGCGACCGUAUUUUUCGAUAUACUUUCCGCUUUGUACAACAUCUAUACAUAUAUUUAUCGCGUAAAAUGUCGAAUCGUCUGCCGCAAGACUGCAGUUCAAUGGAUGCAACUCGAUUCGGAACGACCGUCUAUAAUAAAUCGGGACGCGCGCUCUCACAGAUUCAAAUUAAAUUGCACCAUAUAAAUUGAUGCAAUGCGCGAUUCUACACUAUCGGAGCGCUCUUUUGUACUCCUUGUAACUUCUCAAUAGCCGUGCUACGUCUCAAAGCUACCUGUCCGUUCAAGCCAAAGGAACACGAAUAUCUUACGAUCGCGUUUCGUUCAAUUACCUCGACGAUUCGUUACACCGUCAUGCGACAUUGUUUACCUUGACGUCGCGAAAUUAUAUGGAAGCGCGCUCAUUUCGAUUACCCAGAGCACAUGAAGUGGAAAAUAGGUUGGUUUUACAUGCGUUAAAAUUUACAUAUCAAAUGAAUCUGCGCGCGUGUAACACGGCUUAGUAAUUUUUAGCGUUAUAUAUCAACCGUUCGGAAAAUUUCUAUUUUAUUCUCAUGUGCAAUAAAUAACGACGUGCUGGAGCGUUAUGUACUGUAAAAAGGAAAAUGCCCCUUUUUGGGUUUCUAAGUUUUCUAAAAUUAUGUGUAAAUAUUGUUUGAAGAACUGUAUACUCACAGAAGCAUCCUUCUCACGCGACACAUUCAUGUGCAAUGACAUAAACGUUUGCUAAGUUGUUCAGAAAAGUAAACGAUCGCACGGAACGAUCUGCCAUCGCACUAAUAAAAAUUAUGAUCCGAAAGAUUCACAUUAUUAUAUAUUAAACGCUCUGAAUGAUUCGUAUGUUCGCGCGUUGUCGUGGGUUAUUAUUUCGUGCCGACGCCAACCGAUGAAUUAAGAAAUAUGUACUGUCGUCGAUUUCUGACGUUACGAAAACGCGCAUUAUAUAAAUCUCGACUCGUUUCAAAAACAACCCUACGACGUUUCGGCAAAACACUCACACGAUACAUUAGGUUUGAUGUCGCCAUAACGUUCACAUCGGUGAUGCAGCGAACGAGGGAAACCAAACUUUCGAGCAUACUUUCUGUGAUUCGCAGCGAAAGGAUCGCGAUAGCGGUAAAAAGAAAGAUUUAAAAAAGUAAGAGAAAGGAAGAUAGAGAAAAGAAAGAGAAGAGCAACGGCGAACGCGAGAAAGCUCGACGGCUAUGGCACAGCUUGCAAUGAGGAAACUUGCAAUAUAACAAGCAAUAACUAAGCCCAUUUUAAUUCCAUGUAUAUUAAACGAUUAUGUGGAUGCUUAAACGAGAUUUAUUAAAAUUAUAAACGAGCAAGCCAAGAGAUAAGAUGAAAAAAAAAAUACCAAUUUUACAUAUUCUUACUAAUCGUAAACGAUUACAGUACAUAUAGCGAUAUACUAAAUUAUACGAUUAUGUAUCGACUUAAAAGGAAAAAAGAACAAAAAAUGGUAUAUAUACAUAACGAUAGGCCGCCUGCGAGCGAGCGAGCGAGCGAGCAGACGCUAAUCUAAUCUACGUAAGUACGUAAAGGUUUCAAUUUUACACUACCGAUAAUAAUGACAUAACGAUAAGACUAUAUAAGAUAUAUUGAUGAUUUAUAAUAAUUAUAACGUUGUACAGAAUAUUUAUGAAGAGCCCGCUGCUGGGGGGAGAACCGAGGAGUCCUCCUUUCGCAAAUGUCAAAAAAAAAAAAUCGCGACGGGUGAUCGCCGCGAGAAAUCGACAUAACCCGUUCAAUCACUCGAGCGAGGAAGCCGGGGGCAGAGGAAAGGGGGAGGAGAGGGCGAAAGUUAAGCGGCGGGAGGAACUCGAUUCUCUGUCCAAAAGCGGCCAGACUAUAAUGGAUGUUUUGUAAGAUAAAGACAAAACGAUUGCGGGGAACGCCGAGGUUGCGUUCGAGGAAGCGAAUCGAUCGAUUGGAUCGAUCGAUUGGAGCACUUCGGAUUCCGUCGGCGAUGCUUCUCUCAAACGGAAAAAAAAGCAGAGAUAAUACGGGAUUGGUCGAUUGCGCGAUACUCGAGCGACUAUAGCGGGGAGAAUACUCGGUCCCGGGAUAUUCAAGUGAGGAGAAAAGCGAGGUAGGAACAAAAGAUAGAAAGUGAGAAAUUAUCCGCCACAGUGUGGCGCGUGCGAGGGCCGAUAAUCUAAUUAAUUGUGUAUGUAUACAAACAAAAAUAAAUAUAUAAUAUUGCGAUUAUAAAUAUUAAACUAAUAAAGAAUAACAAUAUUAUACCCCUCUCUGUACAUAUAAAUAUAUAUUAUAAUACAAUGAUUAUUGCUAUAUGAUUUAUUAUAAAUAUAUAUAUACAUAAAUAUAAAUAUAACUCAUGAAUUCACAUUAUUAUGUUUAUUAUUGUUUACUUCUGAUUAUUGAAGUUAUUAUCAUUGCGACGAUGAGAAUAAUGAUGAUGAAGAUGAUAAUGAGAACGAUUAUAUAUGAUUAUUAUUAUUAUUAUGAUAAUAUUAUUAAUAUUUAAGAAAAGGUUCACAACGUGCCGUGUGUAUGUGGGAAUAAAACAUAUAAUAUAAUGGA